AUGACCAUCCUGGUUCAGACUGCAACGCCCAACAGCAGCAAUCGCGUCAAUGGCCACGUCAUGGAGGGCGACAUCGCAAUCGAGGAUCCCGAGCUCGCUGCCUCUCUGCGCCCCAUCUACACCAAGUUCCUUUCGGACUUGAACCUACCUCCCCUCGAGAGAUUCGAGAGUGAAAAGCUCAUGACAGCUGUCCUCGAAGCAGCCGCGGCAACCGGAGUACCACACCCACUAAAUUCACGUUCGUAUGAGGGCCUGCUUGUCGGCUACUCCUAUGCAGACAACUGUCUUCCCUACCUCCCACUCGAUGUGAAGGUCUGGGUUGCCAUCUACACCUGGCUGGCCACGCUGUGUGACGAACCCGAUCGAGCAGGGAUUCUCGAGGACAUGUCCCUGUUCCAAGAGCGCUGGGUGAAGGGCCUACCACAACCUACAGUCCUCCUGGGAGCCUUCGCCGAUCAGAUCCGUCUGACCUACGAGUACUGGCACCCUCUGGUGGCCAAUAUGAUCGUCACUGCCUCAUUUGGAUUCGUGACGGCAACAGCACUGGGCGCUCGCGAUGACAUCAAAGGAAAGACCGCAAAUCCUUCCAAAGGAGGGCAGCUGUUUCCUUGGUUCAUGCGAAGCCGCGACGGGGUCGGCGAGGCCUAUGCCUGGUUUCCUUUUCCCAAGACAAUGUUCCCUAACCUUGACGUUCCCAUCGAGGCCAUUGAAGAUAUGAACCGCUUCCUCGCGUUCACAAAUGACGUGCUCUCAUUCUACAAGGAGCAAUUAAAUGGCGAGAAAGAUAAUUAUACCAACAAGAUUGCUGGCUACAGCCAGAAAAGCCUCGUUGAGACCCUCAAGGAGGCAAGUGAAGAUGUGAUCGCAUGCGUGCGGCGGAUUGAGCAUGUCCUCGCCGGCAAUGAGGAGUAUGCGAAGGCUUGGUACCUUCACAAGACGGGCUACAUUCAUAUGCAUACCAUGCGCAGUCGCUAUAAGCUGUGGCAGCUCGAUAUAGGCGAGAAGCCUGGUGAGAAGGAGACUCUAAGAGAGUGAGGCUGCUUACACAGCGCUACACUAGCACUCUAGUAACCUUAUAAUUUUACUAGUUAUUGUUUUUUAGUUAUAAGAUAAUAUAUUAUUAAUUAAUUUGUCUA